UUGAGAUCAAACUGUCGGGAACUGUUUGGUUGAUCACUUCCCAGGAAGUUCCGUUACGGAUAUUACAUAGAAUAUAUUUACAUAUUUCAGAGCCGAUGUCUGAUAAUCUCUCUAUAUUUUAAUAUUGCAAAAUGUUUGUUUCGAAAAUGCGAUUAUUUAGAUAACACAAAUGUACUAAUUACUUAUCUUUUUAAAUGUGAAAAAAAUAAGAAACAUACUUUAAACAACAGCUUUACGUUUUGGACAUUGUGUUUUGUAGACAAUGAAUAUACUUCUUUUCAUAAUGACUGUACCUCUAGUGAUAUGUCGUGGAGCAGAAUUCCGCUUAGGGAUGUUAAGUCCUUUCACGCACCCUCGUCUGGGAUGGACCAACAAUGCAGCUGCAGCAACAAUAGCCAUAGAAACGGCCCAAUCAGAAGGAAUAUUGUCGGACCACAAUAUAACUGUGGUAUGGAAAGAUGACAAGUGUAGUGGUCUAGGUGGCGCUGGUAACGCUGUACUUCUAAGGGAUGUGGACGAUGUAGAUGUUUACAUUGGUCCGCCCUGCUCGAGUUCUACAGAACCUGUUGGAUUGCUAGCAUCGUUUUGGAACUUUCCGAUUCUUUCUCAAGCAUCUUCAGACCCGAUUCUUGCCGACAAAAGUGUGUACAAAACACUUGUAAGACUAGGACCGCCCUUUAACAAACUUGGAAAUGCAAUGGUGGAGUUUUUGGAGUAUUUUCAAUGGCGAAGAAUUGUAGUAAUUUCCAGACGGAAGACAGACAAUAAGAAAGUGUUUUGUGAUUAUUCGUCAAGAUCUUACGAGACACCUUUCCGCGUGAACAACAUCACGAUUGCUGACAUGAUCACGAUUGAUGAUGGGAUAACGGAAGAGGAAAUAGACGAAUUACUAACGAGAGUACAACAAAGGGGAAGAAUUGUGAUUCUGUGCUCGGAGAAUUUGGAAGACAAACGACUUAUCCUAGUACGAGCUUACCAGAAGGGUAUGAUGAAUGGUGAAUAUGUGUACAUCACCCCCGACCACCUCCCUCCAUCUAAUGUGGAGACCCCCUGGAAACGCGGGGAUGGUUUGGACGAUAUAGCAAAGGAAUCAUUUAAGUCCGUGUUCCAGAUAACAGUUUCGGAUAUGGGCAGUGAGGAGGUCGAACAGUUCCGUAAAAACGUAUCCAUCAAUAUGGCGAACCCUCCAUGGAACUACAACGAAACACUCGCGUCGGGGACCAGAGGUUCUGAAUAUUCGCCGUUUUUACAUGACGUCGUGUACCUGUAUAUGCUGAUUCUGAACGAGACGGUAACAGAGGGUAGCGACCAUCGUAAUGGAACGCUCGUCUUUAACAAGGCCAAGGGCAAGGCGUUUAAAGGUAUCACUGGUAACGUUAAAGUGGAUUCCAAUGGAGACAGAGAACCAGAUUAUUGGAUCUGGUAUAUGACCGACACUGCAUCUCGGUUCGAAGUGGUUCUGGAAGCUGAGAUGACCAGCUCCGAGACACAGAAAAUUCGUGUGUUGAAGACGCAAAAAUGGAACACACUAGAUGGUCGGCCUCCAAGAGACAGUCCGAUUUGUGGUUUCUUUGGAGAACUAUGUCCUGAAUCGACAAGAGGCACCUCAGCCUACAUCAUUGCUGGUGUAGUCACUGUUUUGUUGGCAGUGACUGGACUGGGACUGGGACUAUUUUUCUAUCGACGGGCGCGAUACGAGAAACAACUUGAACUUCAGCUUUGGAAAGUGGAUUAUGACGAAAUCAGAGUGACCAAGUCUCGGGCUAUCGGGAGUAUCAGCCAGUUGAGUCUCAAUACUAUCACGUCGGCGAAUGUUUGUAGUAGUCACCAUUCGGAUACAUCUGUUGGCGUUGAUCAACAGGUUUUCUCUAAGAUCGGCACGUACAAACACACAGUUGUCACUAUCCGAUCUCUGUCUCACAAAAAGGUCAUCAACCUCGAACGACAGGACUUGAUGGAACUGAAAGCCAUGUGGGAUUUAAGACAGGAAAACGUGAACGCGUUUGUAGGGGUAUGCCUUGAUGAGAGAGGGCCUUGUUUACUAACGGGUUACUGCAAUAAGGGCAGCCUUCAGGAUAUAAUAGAAAACGAUGACAUCAAACUCGAUUGGAUGUUCAAGUUAUCCCUGAUAUCGGAUAUGAUCGCAGGAAUUCAGUAUAUCCACAAUUCACCAUUAAAAGUCCACGGGAAUCUGAAAAGCAGCAACUGUGUGGUAGACAACCGUUGGGUGUUAAAGAUCACAGACUUCGGAGUUCUCAGACUCCGGUCACUGUUCGGACAGGGUGCUCCGUCGACAUACCAGGUCUACAGCAGACAAUUUUGGACAGCGCCAGAACUUUUGCGUUUAUCAGAAAAUCAAUGUCACUCAUCACAGAAGGGUGAUGUGUUCAGCGUUGGCGUCAUCUUGUUUGAGAUCCUUUACCGAUCACAGCCGUAUGAUACAGUCUCUUAUACCCCACAAGAAAUCAUUGAACGUGUCAGAACCACUGAGAACCCACCAUUUCGACCACAUGUUGCUUUUAACGAUGACAUCAACACCAACAACACAAAUGAUGCGCCGACAGAGGUGACCCAGAUUAUGACAUCUUGCUACGAGGAGGAUCCGGAGGACCGUCCCAGUUUCUCAACAAUCAAAAGUUAUAUAUCGAAACUAAACAAGGGCAGAAGGACCAACAUCGUCGACAAUAUGAUCAGUAUGUUGGAAAAGUACGCUAACAACCUGGAGCACGUGGUGGAACAGCGAACGUAUGCUCUCCUCGAGGAGAAGAAAAAAACCGAUUCGUUGCUUUAUAGAAUGUUACCUAGAGUAGUGGCAGAACGACUUAAAUCUGGAGAAAACAUUUGUCCAGAAAUAUUUGAAUCUGUCACGAUUUUUUUCUCCGACAUUGUGGGUUUCACGUCACUUUCCUCAAGUAGUACUCCUAUUGAGGUGGUAGACUUCCUUAAUGAUCUCUACACAAGUUUCGACACAGUCAUCGCCAUGUACGAUGUGUACAAGGUAGAAACCAUCGGAGACGCGUACAUGGUCGCGAGUGGACUUCCCGUAAGAAAUGGUAACAUGCACUCCAAGGAAAUAGCAAACAUGGCGCUGGCACUUUUAGAUUCAGUGGACACGUUUAAGAUAAAGCAUCGACCAGACAAGAAAUUACAGCUCAGAAUAGGCCUUCAUACUGGACCUUGCGCGGCAGGUGUAGUAGGCCGCACCAUGCCGAGAUACUGCCUGUUCGGGGACACCGUCAACAUGGCGUCGAGGAUGGAAUCAAACGGAGAAGCCCUUAAAAUCCACGUGAGUAAUUCCACGUACAAUUGUCUGAGUAAACACAUAGGCUACGACCUUCAGGAGAGAGGCAGCAUGGAGAUUAAGGGAAAGGGAAUGCAGACAACCUACUGGUUAAUCGGAAUGACGUGUGCGGCUAUGUCGACUGUAUCGUCGCCAUUGUAUGACGUGAAGAUGUGAAAGUGUGCACCAUGACCCUAACAUAUCAUUAUGGCCAGUUUACAAAACAGACUUAAUGUCCUUUGUUCCAAACCAUAUCCCGAAGUGGAGACAAAGAAUAUAAUCUCGUCCCCAAGACAAUGGCUGAUGUCAUCGCUAUCGUGGUUAAAAGACGCUGGCAUGGUGUUUUGUUAAUUUAUUUGAACGAAUUUUUCAAACGCCAAAAACAAACGAGAUAUUUCUUUAUAAAUAUGAAACAUGUCGUGGAUUAGUUAUUUUAAGAGAUAAGGUAAUGUGUUUUAUAUUUUGUAACUUUAUUUGUCGGGAUUAGACAAAUCAAUCAAAAUGUGCUAUAAAGUCGACAUAAUGAAUCAAACUUUGCUCAAUCAAACCUCUGUAGAUAAAUAUGUGUGUUACUAAUUGAUUUUUUCGUUUUAUUUCAAUAUUUUUGAGAAUUGAUGUGUGUCGCUGGUUUUAUAGAAUACCUUCUCGGAACACCUGACUUCUGGAAAAGUUUAUUUCUCCUCCGAAUUUAAAUGACGAUUCCUUUGUCCAAUGCCUACACGUAUCAUAUAUACACCAGUGUGUGAUAACUAUGUAGAAGCAUCCCAUCCUAAAAGUAGCAUCCAAAAAUACAGACGAGUGAAAUCAAUCCUAACAAAGGAGUGCAACAAAGAAGUUCAGUAUGUCCAAUCAGAAAUCGACUGACAGUACCAUGUGUGACGUCAAUGGUUCCCUCCAUAAUAUUGUGUUAAACUCAACUUUAUCCGAUAUAUAAUUUUGCCAAAUUCAUCAUACGAUGGGGGUGCAUUCCUUUGUGUAUUUUAAACAAUUGUUUAACCCGUGUUACUGCUGGUAACUAGUACAUUGAUCAAACCGUGUUCAUAAUGAUAAACAAAGGGGUUUGUGUUUAAGGAAACCGUUGUACGAGAGAAUGGACAAAUCUCAUUUGCGGUCCUCGAUCAGGCCGUUCUGUAAAAUAAACUGAUGCUUUCUUUUCUUAUUUAAAGUUACAUAUGUAUACACAUUAGAGUAAAGCGGUUUUCAAAGAACCACUACUUUGAUUGGAUUAGAAUAGUUUGUAAAAGUGAGUUUAAUAUUUAUCAAUCAAUAAUGUUAUGUUAAAACUUCAUUGUCUUAUUCAUUAUUGAUGAAUCGAAUCGGCUUAACAACAGUUCUUUUGACUAAGUUGUCGUAUUGUAAUUAGUUUUUGUUUCUCCAUUUAAUAAGCCAGUUGGUUGUGGCAAUUUGAUUUAGACCAAUUUAUCUGGUGUGAUUUUCGAAAACAUUCGUGUCUGUUCCAAUAGAUUAUUAUAUUUUCAUGUUUGCAAUUACAUAUAACUUAAAAGAUUUUUGUUGUAAGUAAAAUAUAAAUUGUC